UCCAAAACACGAGUUUCAAAACAUAGUUGUUCGACGGCAGUGGUCAAAAUACUGGAUGAUAUUAGAAUUAACUUUGACAAUGGCGACCUGACACUUCUUUGCUUACUCGACUUCUCAAAGGCGUUUGACUCAGUGAAUCACAAAUUGUUGUGUCUGAAGCUCAAACAUUAUUUCGGCUUCAAAGACAGUGCGGUGAAACUUAUGGUUAGCUACCUGGAGGGUAGAACGCAGAAGGUUAAGUCAAACAAACUAAUAUCCCGGCCUAGAUUUGUGUAUGCUGGUGUUCCACAAGGUUCUGUCCUCGGUCCACUGUUAUUCAGUCUCUUUGUCAAUGAUGUCUUUCCUGUUUGUCAAUAUGUGAAUAUCCAUGCGUAUGCUGAUGACAUACAAUUGUACCUGUCCAGUCGUAUUGGUCUCGUUGAGGAUUUAUGUUUCAAAAUAAACAGUGACUUGUCUGCCAUUUCUGUUUGGGCUGCUGGAAAUUCUCUAUGUUUAAAUGCGUCAAAGUCGUAUGUAUUGCCUGUAUGUAAUAGUGUGGUGUAUGUCGAUUGUAUACCAAAACUGUGGAUAGGUACCAGUCCGCUUAGUUUUACGGAUAAGAUAAGAAAUUUAGGUUUUAUUCUUAACUCUAAACUUACAUGUACUGACCACAUAAAUAAGGUUGUGAGCAGCGUGUAUGCGAUACUGUGUAAGCUGAGAGUUUCUGCAACAUUUACGCCACUGGAAACCAGGCGUAAAUUAGUUCUCCAACUAAUUAUGCCCAUCAUCACCUACUCUGAGGUAGUAUACAGCAAACUAGACUCAAUAUCUUGCCAUAAACUCAAUGUAGCAUUCAACAAUGCUACACGUUAUGUAUAUGGGAUUGGAAGAUAUGAGCACAUUUCUGCCUGUCGAACAAAUAUCCUGGGUUGUAGUCUUGAGAACUAUUUGGCCGCUAGGAAUUGCAUAUUUAUUUACAAACUUACUGUAUUUAAAAUACCUGCCUAUCUCUUUGAGAAGCUGAUACCAGUAAGGUCACAGAGACACAACAGUUUUAUUGUUCCAAAAUUGACUUACCUAGCAUCAUCAAGACUAUUUUUCAUUAACGCAGUAAGAGUCUGGAAUUCAUUACCUGAGACCGUUAAGAGUGGGUUAAACAGAUUCAACUACAGGACACAAAUCUACAAUUAUUUUAAAAAUUACUGAUAGCAUUGUGUAAGGGCAUUAAAAUUUUCUCUAUCUCUCUCCACUAUUUCUGUUCUAUUCUAAUAUUUUUUUUUCUUUUCCAUUAAUUAAGUCAUACUCGUUGUUAUUGUUAAGUUACAUAUA